UCCCUGAUGGAUUUUGGGGUCCCUCAGGGCUGGACGAGCUGGGCCUGGACGGAGGCUCCUCCCCUGGGCGGGGCCCGGGCGGGGACAGCAGCUCCGUGUCCUCAUUGGGCCGCGAUGGCUCCGCCCCCGGAAGCACCAAGUCGGGCUCGGGCAGCCCCGGGGGCGGCAGCGGGGGCGGGGUCCCGGCCGGGGGGGGUCUGUCCCCAGCAGAGGUGGCCGAGCUGUUCCAGAGGCUGGCGCAGAGCCAGCAGGAGCGCUGGAUGCUGGAGGAGAAGGUGAGGCACCUGGAGGUGUCGAGCGCGUCCAUGGCCGAGGAUCUGUGCAGGAAGAGCGCCAUCAUCCAGAGCUUCGUCAGGGAGAGCCGCACAGAGGCCGCGGGUCCCGCGGGGCCGGCCCGGCGCGGGGCGGGGGCGGGGCCGGGCCCAGGGGAGGAGGGGCUGCGGGAGAUGAACAAGAAGCUGCAGAACCUCCUGGAGGAGCAGCUGACCAAGAACCUGCACCUGGCACAGGACCUGGAGUCGCUGUCCCAGGAGCUGGCGCAGCUCAGGAAGGAACAGGCGACCCCCCAGGGCCCUCCCUGAGGGGCGGGGCCUCUCCUGGUGGGCGGGGCCUCGGCCCCUGCCCCCCCGCAGGCUCCGCCCCCCGGUUGGGGCGCUGCUGCGGGGGAGGCGUUGCCCCUUUAAGGACGCGGUGGGCCCUACCGGCAUUACCCCUUUAAGGCCGGACGGUUCUUUACGUGGCGUUGCCCCUUUAAGGGUGGGCGGGGCUCCGUGGAGGGCGUUGCCCCUUUAAGAGCGAGGGCAGUUCCCGCCGCGGUGUUGCCCCUUUAAGGACGACGUGGUCCCCACUCUGGCGUUGCCCGUUUAAGGGGGUCCCGCAUGCGCCCCCCUCUCCCCCCCAAUAAACCCGAUGUGAAUCGCU